AUGGCGACGAUGACGACCACGACCACGACGAAGACGGCGCUGCGCCACCGCGGGUGCUGCGGGCACGCGCCGGCGCCGGAGUCGGAGGAGGACGGCCGCGACCUGGUGGCGCUGUCGAGCGCGGCGGCGGAGGGACUGGGGAAGGAGGCUGCCAGGUGGGCCGGCGGGCUGCCGCGGCUGAAGCGGUUCGAGGAGCUGCCGGACUACCUCCGCGACAACGAGUUCAUCCGCGGCGGCUACCGCUGCGAGUGGUCCGUCCGCGACGCGCUCCGCAGCGUCUUCGCCUGGCACAACGAGACGCUCAACGUCUGGACCCAUCUGGGGGGCUUCUUCCUGUUCCUGGGCCUCGCUGUCGCCGGCCAGACGGAGUGGCGGCCGGCCGGAGCAGCCGCGGCGCCGGGGUUCAUGACGAUGGUGAUGACGUCGGCCAACGCGUCGUCGUUGGCGACCAACAACAGUUCGAGCAUGGCGAUCCAGAGCGCGUUGGCGUCGGGCAUGGGCGGCGCGGGGCACGCGGUGGCGCGGUGGCCGCGGACGGUGUUCGUGUCGGGGGCCAUGACGUGCCUGUCGGUGAGCGCGGCGGCGCACCUGCUGGCGAGCCACUCGCGCCGCUUCAACCGGCUCUUCUGGCAGCUCGAUUACGCCGGCAUCGCCGUCAUGAUCGUCGCCUCCUUCUUCCCGCCGGUCUACUACACCUUCCUCGGCAGCCCCGCAGCGCAGCUCGCCUACCUCUCGGCCAUCACGCUCCUCGGCGUGCUCGUCGUGGCGGCGCUCCUGGUGCCCGCGCGCUCGUCGCCGCGGCUCCGGCACCUCCGCGCGGGCCUGUUCGUGUCCAUGGGGCUCUCGGGCGUCGUGCCGGCGCUGCACGCGCUCUGGCUCAACUGGGGCCACCCGGAGUGCUACAUGGCGCUGUCGCUGGAGCUGGCCAUGGGGCUCGUGUACGCCACGGGCGCCGGGUUCUACGUCGCGCGCGUGCCGGAGCGGUGGCGCCCCGGCAUGUUCGACUGCGUCGGGCACAGCCACCAGAUCUUCCACGUGCUGGUGCUCGUCGGCGCCGUCACGCACUACGCCGCCACCGCCAUCCUCAUCGGCUGGCGCGACGCCCUGGCCGCGGCCGCGUCGGCGCUCUUGUGA